GGCGGUACUCUUCUCAUCCUCCAUGUUCAUUUAUCUGGAAUCAUGGAACCUUUUUUGGGCACCUGGAGGCUGGUGGAUACCCAGAAUUUCGAUAAUUACAUGAGGGAACUGGGAGCGGACUUCGCAACCCGACAGGUGGGCAACGUCCUCAAACCCACCACAAUCAUCAAAGUAGAUGGCGAUAAUAUUAUUCUGCAAACCAAGAGCACCUACAGAAACACAGAAAUUAUCUUCCAGCUUGACAAACCAUUCAAUGAACAUACUUCUGACAAUAGAGAUUGUAAGACAGUUAUAUCAUUGGAAGGUGAUAAAUUGGUACAGGUUCAGAAAUGGGAUGGAAAACAAACAACACUCAUCCGUGAAAUCAAGAAUGAGCAUCUCAUAUUGACUCUUACCCUAAAUGAGGUGGUUUCUGUUCGCACAUAUGAGAGGGAACUUGUAUGA